ACCGGCGCUAUUCUUUUAGUAGCGGGAGAUGUGCGCUAGUGGUGACUUUGUCAAUCUCAAGAAUUUGCCAGCUCAGUCUUUCAGAGGUGCUCAUAGGGUUGGACUGAGCUCCCAGAUGAAGUUUUGCACUCAAUUAUUGAGUUGUUGAGCUGCACCAGUUUUUUUACCUUCUUGCCUUGAUCGCCAUCUGCCGCAAUUGGCGUGCAGUCUUCAUGAAAGCCAAAUCCUCUUUCUGCAAGCUCUUCCCACCUCUGAUGAUCUGAAGCUGUGCCCAAUUAAGCAACGAUGCCCACUCUGAAGUUCAUCACACAGCAGCUCAUCACACUGAAGUUGCCAUUGCCAAAGAACUUGAGAUGCAAACUCUUGGAGCUCCGAACUGGUAACUUGUGGAACGUUCUAGAAAGAGGAGACACGGUUUAUUCCAUCAUCAGGAAGCUAAGGAAGCUUAUUAAUUUGCUACAGGCCUACAGCUAUCGUCCGGGGUGAGAGCCUGAGACCUACAAGCAAGCCUACACGGUCGUCACCGGCGGCGCGCAUGGUGGGGUUGUUCACUUGGCGCCGCCGUGGGCGCUGGCCAUGUCGACGGGGGGGCUCUCGACGUCCUCCAUGUCCUCGCGCACGAACACCGCCUGGUCCAGCACCGACGGCCAUGUGCCCUGCCGGUUACAGCGUGUGGCCUACGUUACAGCGAUGAAGUGUAUCCAUUCGCUAGCGGGAUGUUGCUGCCCAGUUGGGUGACGCCUAGUGUUCUCUCCCUGGAUGGAUAGCUAAAGGGGUGGACUUGGCCUUGUUCUGUAUCGAGUCAUUGAAAGGGGUGGACUUGGACUUGGACUUGUUUCCUGCCAUACUCUAGUUGUUGUUCUCGAUUCUUAAUUAUCUCCAUGCAGCCACACCUCUUCACACCUCUGCCAUACUCUAGUUGUUGCUCUCUAGCUACUUGGUCGCGCACCUCCGUUCAUUGCUACUCCCUGGAGACUUGCUUUGGGCCUCCCGGUACUGGUCCCAGGAGAAGAAUAUGUUAAAAUUCAUUCCAUAGAUGUGCAUCCGGCCAAACCAUGGAUUUUGAUCAGUCACGGAGAGACCAUUUCCAUUUGGAACUACGACACGCAGGAGCAAGAGAAAAGCUUUAAACCCGGUAAAACUGGUCAAAUUUAUGCCAAGAGACACAGAACAAUGGAUCGUGACCGGAGAUAGUUCUGGUGUCAUCCGUGUGAUUUUGUAUGAUAAAGAGAAAGAAAUGAAAACAUUCCGACAUGGCGCGGGUGCUGCUAUCACGUCGCUGGCAAUCCACCCAGAAAAACCACUCGUGCUAUCGGCGGAUGCAAAUGGUGUGAUCUGGCUAGAGAACUGGCAAGAUGGUAGGGUCAUUAGGAACGACAAGGUACCCGCCAGGAGGAUCCAUGUCAAGUUUAACCCAAAGGACAACUACAACACCUUUGUUAGCACUGACGAGCAUGACCUAAUGAAGGUCUGGGAAGUUAACGAUUCCACCCAGCCACCUACCGCCAUGCUAAAAGAAGAAAAGUUGGGGCAAGAUAACUUUUUCGAUUAUCUUUGCGCCGACGACAGUGAUCAGCAGUAUAUGAUUAUAUCGAAGAAUCUGGCUGAAGGAGGGGCUAUCGCAUACAAAUGGGAUUUGCAGGCAGAGAAAAAGGCUCACACAAUUCUUUUCCGAGGCCAGGAAAUUACCGCGAUGUCGUGCCACCCAACACUUCCGGUAAUAGUUUUAGGUAUCAGGUCGUACCCCGGCGCUAUUUUCUUGUGGAACUCCACUAAUAACAGGCUUGAAAAAGUGAUUGAUGAGUGCUACUUUGGUUUAAUUAAAGAGUUUGGUUUUAUAGGCUCAACAAGGCUCAUCGUCAGAUAUGAUAAAGAUGAAUACGAAAUUCAAGAUGAAAUAAGAGUCCUGGAAAUCGAUUUGACAACAAUAGCAUAUCAGCAAGGCUCGUCGGCAAAUAUGAAGGAUAUGAAUGUGUAAUAAUUGAAGAUGAAAUAAGAGUCAUGGAAAUCGAUAUGACAACAAUAGCAUAUCAGCAAUAGCAACAACCAUGUUGGACUUGGAGCUCCAUACUACCAUCAGUCCAUCACAAAAUGAUCUGCCAGGACUCGGCAUUACUUUUGAUCAAUUUGAUUUGAAAAAUCAAUUUUUAUGUGUGUGUGUUGACGGGAACAAUAAUGCAAAGUGUCAAUGUGCAUGAAAGAGAGAUUACGUAGUAAAUUUGUUGGCAAAUUUCUAUUCAUGUUGAAAUGCUUUCUAAAUAUAUGUAGUCAAAUAGGGGUAUAAAGACCCUCGUCUCUUGAUCGGACA